CAGCAAUCCUUGAGGAUCAGUUGUUGUUCUCUUUAAUAGGGGGUGUUUAUGUUCUGGUGGGUGGAAAACGUUGCUUUAAAAAGAGAGAAACUAGGGGAAUGACAGGACAUUUUUGCAAAUGGAAAUGAGAAGGAUACUGGAAAAGAGCAUGCUGUGGAUUUUAUGUUAUUUGGCUUUAGGUGCUGUACCUGUUUAACAUGACUCACAGAUCGUCAGCAUCAAAGACUAGAACUGAUAACCAUUUGAGCAUAAAGGACUCGGAAUCCCUUGACACCUACAUACAGAGCACACUUUCAGCUCUUUACCCACCAUUUGAAGUCACUGCGGCCACCGUCCUGUGGCAGCUGUUCCACGUGGUGGAGAAGUCAUAUCGAGGGGACGGACUCCGCUGUCUGAUUGACUUCCUGGUUCCCGCCAAAAGAAUCCUUCAGUGCAUUCAGCAGGACACAUGUGCCAAGUAUGCAGGACUCAUCUUCCGUCAUGAAGGCUGGCCAUUGUGUGUCCAUGAAAAGGUGGUGGUGCAGUUAGCAUCACUCCAUAAGGUCCCUCUCAAGGUUGGAGACUUUUACAUUCAGGUUGCACCUCAGGGGAAUCAAUCUGCAAAAUUGGUGCUGAAGUAUCUUUCCAGAAAUGGGCAGUCAGUGGAAGAAGCUCUUGUCCCUGAGGAUGUUUAUGCAAAUCUCUUCACUAUGGAAUUUCUGGAGAAUGUGAAUCGUGAGCGCAAGUGUUCUCUGCACAGCUGUCUCUUAACGAGUGGCACUGUUGUUCUCCGGGUACAUUGGAAGAACGUCAUUAACCCUGCAUUUGUCAACAGGCCAAAAACCACUCUGACUUAUUCACAUUCCGGUUCAGAUCACCAUGACCAGCUAACACCUACCACAGAAAAGAUGCCGCAAAUGACAGAGAGCAGCAACUUGCCAGAUCACUGCAAUUCUACUGAAGCAGUGGUUCCAAUGGAAAAAUCAGCAAUGUUAGAAGGUAAAAUGAACUGUGGGAUUUGUUUGUCCGAGAACAUUCAAUCUUUUGGAACUAAUGUCAAACAGGGGUCUGCAGAAGGAGACAGCUCAUUGUUUCCCCCAAGUUCUAAUGGCACUGAUGCAAUUCCUUUACCGAGUCUAGUUCGACCCAAUCCUCUUCCUGAUGAGGCCCCAACAGUUAACAAUGAAGCUUUGGUAGUUCCUAGCCCUGAGACCAGGAUUACUACUAAAGUUUUAACCUUUGCCACAGACUUAAGCAGCCCCUGUCAAAGGAGGAAGCAGCAUCGAGAUUCGGUGUACCUUGAAACAAAACGUCUGUUUAGGAAAUCGUACAUGGAGGCUUUGCAGAACCCUAUGCAAUUGGGCUUCAGUUCUGAGGCAUCCAUAGCUGAGGAAAUCAUGGAGCAUAAAACUGAAGUGAUCAAUAAUGGAAACUUAAGGAUAUUUAUGAGGAGACCUGGUGAUAAGCUGAGCCUAAAGCAUGAUCUACAUGCCAGCAGUUCUGAAAGUAAAGGAGGGAGUGAAGAGUCUAAAAGCACCCAGCACUGUCAAAACCCAGUUGGGUCUGUGACGCUGCAAGAACGUUCCUCCAUUCCCAGCAGUCGAAUAUGUCGCAGAAGAUCCAAGUCUUUGGAUAUGGCCUACAAGAGCUUACAGGAGAAAGCAUUAAAGACAAGAUUCUCUUCUGGUGACUCCUCAAGAAAAAAAGUAUCAAAUGGUCACAUAGUAGAAACGGAUAAGUUGAAUUCUGACACAUGUCUCACCAAUACUGGAAGCAGCUCCACUAACCCAGCAGGUCCCUCCCAGAGCAGUGUGACUGAGAUAGAAAGGAGGGGCAGCUGCCAAGCAGUUUUAAACCAGAUGCUGGAAGCUACAGAGACUCCUACUUCACCAGCUUGCCCUCAAGCCACAGUCCAGGUCCAACGCAGCACGCAAGCCUGCAGCAACCUCCCUACUACGGCUGCAGAGGUGAACCUGGAUCUGCUGCAGUCGGGAAUUGCUCAGUUGCCAGGAAACAGAGAUAAAGCUGGUCGAGCUGUAAUCCAGAUUUGGACACACAGCAUGAUCUGGUUGAAUCAAAGCUACCCCAGCACACAGUUGACCAAUUUACUGGGGUAUUACUACACCAUUCCUAGGAAGGAAAUACGAGAACUUGGACUGACCGUAUUAGUGGAUGCUCGUAGGUGUCCACCCGCGCCCACGCUCUUCAAAGCUUUCACUGCACUGCAGGUUGCUAUUCCAAAUGCUAUAAAUUCAGUCUUGGUUUUAGUGGAUAGAGAGUCAACGUUCAGACCUGAAAGAGACCCACUUGUUCAGCAUGAAAUAGUGACUUCACUGAAGGGCCUGCACAGGCACAUUGAUGGCUGUCAACUGACACAGGAGUUUUCGGGAACCUUUCCUUACGAUCAUAAUGACUGGAUCCGCUUCCAUAUGAAGUUGGAGCCCUUCAUGAAGAACUGCCGUGGGGCACUAAUCUACUUGAAGAAUUCAAUCAACUCUCUGAAUGUCAGCAGAAUGCCGUCCACUACACAGGAAGUCAUUGAGCUCCUCAAUCAGCACACAAGGAUAAUGAAAUGUGUGCUGGAAGACUCCCGGCUGGUAGGAUUGCGUCUGGAAGGUGGGACUGUCCUUGCCAGGAUUAGGAAAGAUGAAUUCUGUGACACUGAUGAUUACAGGAUUGCCAUGGAUGCCGUCACGAUGCUCUAUAAUCAGGUGGAUGAAGAGGUCCAUAAAUUGGUCAAACUGUCCAAUGAGUGCUUGCAACACCUGCAAGUCCUUUUGGGGCUGAGAAAGUUUGAGGAAGGAAGUACCAAGAUAAAACAUUGGGCUGAGAGCGAGGGAGAAAAGCAUUUUGUACAAGUGGACUGUUUGCCACAUUCUCUGGAAUCAUUGAAACAAAAACAGGAAGAGUAUAAUGCCUUCUAUGGCCUGGCUGUGCAACAUUACAGAAGAGGGAUGCAGCUGAUUAAAGAUGUUGGCCAUCUGAACAAUCAAUCACACAAUGAUUUGCUCCAUUUGGAAGAAACAGUCAAGGAAUUCAAGCAGUUUCUGAGUAACUUCAUCAGCAAACUAGAAAAGCAGAGAACAGAUUUGGACAACAUUGUUAAUUUAUAUGAAUUUUAUGAGACAGCUGAUCAGUGGGUCUUGCACUGCAAUGAUUAUUUAAGACAACUGAAAGUAAAUGAGCAAAGCACUUUGGUGGAUGCAACAGCCAUAGUCCAAAGUUUAGAAAGAUACCAUCAGGAGGCCACCAAAUUCAAUGCAGAAAACUUUCGGACAAUGAAUGAAAUGGUUCAUGGCCUUGGCAGUGCCCGGGAGCUGAAGCAGUGGAACAUCCAGUGGAUGAAGUGCCAACAAACCAGACACCUUUUGGAGGAGGUGCUGUCUGCAACAGUCAGAAUCCAGGAGAGUCAGAGCAACAGCCUGGGUACCACAGCACACUCAGAGGAUGAAGGGCCAAGGACAAGUGGUGAAUUUGACACGGAAGGAUCAGAUGAACUCGGAGAGUCUCCGACUCAAAAAGCUGCUGAGACUUUGCAGAACGGUGUUUGGCCUGUUGACACAGUACAUCAGCAAGAAGAUGGCCAGAAUUUCACAGCAUCAGAUGGCUCCAUUACAUCAGGUUUUAAAGAGCUCUGCCAAAAUAGUGAACCCUCGUGUAAAUUCAGCACAACCCCUCCAUCCUCAGCACCGGCUUGUGGCAGGUUCCAAGGGGGUGAGUUCUUCUUCAAAGACACUGACAACUGCAUGGAGAGCUCUUCUGCCACAUCCUGUCACUUGGAGCCCCCCCGCUCACCAGGACCUCGGCACAAGAAGCAGCCAUUGAAAAAAAUCAUGAGGAAGACUCAAAGUGUUGAGUUAUGGCACAGAGAAAAUGGUUCGGGUGAGGUCGGCAGGCACGGCAACACUGGAGUUUACAUCAAAGGGCUGGAGGUCAUCAGUAGUGUGGUGGCUGACAAAAACCGAAUGUCCAGAUCAGAGCUGAAAAGCCCGGUGUUGAUCAGGAGGCACAGUUUAUCAGCAUCUUGCAAGAUAAACCAUCCAGAGGCACAGGAAGCUAAGAACACGGGCAGCAAGUUGCAGCACAUAAUGGAAGAAAUGAUCAGCACAGAGAGGGAGUAUGUUAAGUCCCUUGGAUAUAUCAUAGAUCACUACUUCCCAGAGAUGGAGAGAAUCGACUUGCCUCAAGACCUGCGUGGAAAGCGAAACAUCAUAUUUGGGAAUUGAAAGCUCUAUGAUUUUCACUGUCAGCACUUUUUGAAGGAACUUGAGCACUGUACAAACAGUCCACUUCGAGUCAGCCAUUGCUUCCUCAGACAUGAAGAACAAUUUGGGAUGUAUGCACUGUACAGCAUGAACAAGCCACGGUCUGACAAUCUGCUUGCGAGUCACGGAAACACUUUCUUUAAAAAUGAACAGCUGGCACUCGGUGAUAAGAUGGACCUGGCCUCCUAUCUUCUGAACACCAUCCAGCGGAUGAGCAAGUAUGCAUUGCUGUUGAAAGAUAUGAUCAAAGAGUGCAGCAAAGCACAGGAGCAGGAGUUCAAUGAUCUGCAAGCAGCUGAGGAAAUGGUUAAGUUCCAGCUUCGACGGAAUGAUUUGCUGGCGAUGGAUGCCAUUCGUGGAUGCGAUGUGAAUCUCAAAGAACAAGGACAGCUUAUGUGUCAGGAAGAAUUUGUCAUUUGGUGUGGACGCAAAAAAUAUCUGAGACACAUCUUCCUCUUCGAGGACCUCAUUCUCUUCAGCAAAACAAAAAAGAUUGAAGGAGGAUAUGACAUCUAUGUUUACAAGCUGUCAUUUAAGACUGCCGAGAUUGGAAUGACCGAGAACGUUGGAGAAAGUGGGCUGCGUUUUGAGAUCUGGUUCAGGAGAAGGAAAUCUCAGGACACUUAUAUUCAGGCCAGCUCUUCUGAGGUCAAGUUAACUUGGACAAAUGUUAUAGGAAAAAUCCUGUGGCGCCAAGCCCUCAGAAACAGAGAGUUGAGGAUGCAGGAGAUGGUAUCCAUGGGGAUAGGUAAUAAACCAUUUAUGGACAUCAAGCCCAGUGAAGCUGCCAUCAGUGAUCGUGCAAUUGAUUACAUCAUGAAAGGUACAGAAACUCGAACAAGAGCAUCUAUUGCUGUGUCUUCGUUUGACCACUCAAUGUCCUUCAAGAGGCCUCAUUCCACCAUAUCCAACAGCAGCACCUCUUCUUCGAGCAGCCAGUCAUCUUCAUCCAUUCUGGGGACUCUCAAUCUUCAUGUGUAUUCAAGUCCAGUACACGCUGGUCUGCAUUUGACACCUUUCAACCAGUGGUCCUAUGACAUUGGAACGUGCAUCGAAGAAGAUGAACUGGAGCAAGAUUCUGGAAGCCAACCCUCUAUAAUCACAGAGAGCUCGGAGACCUCUUCACAAUGCACUUCAGCAGAAAGCAUCAGUGGCUCAACUCUCAACUACGUGUCCCAGUUUUCCACAGAGACACUUUCUGAUGAAGCGUCUAAUCCUGACUCUAAUAAGCCUUGCCAUUAUUCAUCCCCAAAUCUUUCACCAAGGAUGCAGAGGGCUAAGCAGGCGAAGAACCAAUACAUAACUGCAUGUAAAGUCUCACAUGUAACAAUAGGCUUCUCAACACUGGUUUGACUUGCAAGUGUUUGCAAAGAUAGUUCACUCUGAAUGGAAAAUUCCACAUACUAUCUUAUGCACCCAGUGAAGAAAGUCAUUUUCACCUCUGAGGCAUUGGACUGCUUGUUCUAAGUUGUUGCUGCGUUGGAUUUGCUAACAACCUACACAGGAGCAGAUAUAUCAUCCUCAAAAUCCAAAACAGAAUGAAUGAAUCAGAUAAUGUGCAUGAGCAUUUAGAUGUCUGAAAAGGACAAUUAAUCAUGGGACAUUCCUUCUUGCAUUAAAAAAGGACAUUAAAAAUGUGCCCAAGUGAUAAAUGGGAAGUAACUAGAGUAUAUGUAUAUACGUAUAGUAUGGUUAGUAUUUUUAUAGCAUAUUUUAACAUUUUUAUGUUUCAUUUUGUAAAUAACGAGGUGCCUUUGCAGCGUGACCUAUAUUCUUGUGCAAUUUAUAGUGGCUGUAGCUUUGAAACUGCAACACUGUAGAUAUAGAUUAAUUCUUUACCAUAGCUAGUGUAUAAAUCAAAUUGUCUAGGAGCGUUAUGUUUGUGUAAAUAUUUAUUUUAAAUGUUUGGCAUUAUCUUUUUCACCAAAAAUUGUGACCAAUAUGUCUCUAUCCUUCUCGGGUAUCCAGAAUUUAUACAUGGUUUGAAACUUUACUCCAGGUUUUUGUUUUAUUUCUUUCAUUUCCCAGCAAGUGGGCAGUGUGGUGCCAUUUUAACUGAGCUGCUUAUAGUUUGUACACGUUUGAUUGGAGAAGUUGCAGUGAACAAUCUUUGAAAAGCAGUUGUUUCCAUGCAGUGGUAGGCAAUUAUAAUCAAGUGAUCCAACUGGCCAAGAGAUCAAUUGCUAAUGUAUUUUUAUUGAGCCAGCAGAUCAGAAACUAAGGCAUGCUUUAGUUACAAUUAUCUCUUGGUCCUGUUUGCUUCUGUUCCACUUAUUAAUGUCUUACAGUAAAUAUUCUAGUACAUUAAAUAUUCUUUGUGUCAGGCUUCCAUUGUCAUUAAAAACCCAAACCACUUUUCUUCAUUAAUAUUUUGGGCAAAAAUCCUACCCAUUCCUGUACAUUUGAACACAUACAAUUGAUAUGAUUAAAACAAGUGGGUAAGCUUAGCCAUGUGGCCACUGAUGAACCUACUGAAUACUAUUCUUUGCUUGGUAUCUCAAGCCUAUUUUAUGAAAUAGAACUGGUAG